GCCGGGCCACCUGAAACAGCCAGUGCUUAGGAGAGCGGCCUAAGCAGAAACGAAGCACUCUGCUGGAAACCCCCUUGGACCAAAGUCUCCCCUGGACACCCUGCUAGAGUUUGGGCCCAGGGCAGCUCAGACUCAGACUUGACCAUGUUUGGGCAUGGAGGCUUAUCUCCGAUGGGGACCAAAGGCCGCUUCCCUGGAGACCGAACAGGCUGGGAGUUCAGGCUUCCUUCUGGAGCUCAGGCGGCGUCUUUGGGGUGAAGGCUGGGGGGCGGGCAGACAGGAAAUGUCUGCCUGCUGAAGGACCUGGAGAGGCAGGGCCGCGGGGGCGACUAAAUGACCGCUGUCGCCGGUGGACAUGGGGAAGAAGCUGGUGAUGGCCCAGAAGCGGGGGGAGACCAGAGCCCUUUGCCUGGGUGUGGUCAUGGUGGUGUGUGCGGUCAUCGCCUACUACAUCCUGGGCACCACUGUGCUGCCCCUCUACCAGAAAAGCAUGUGGACCCAGGAAUCCAUGUGCCACCUGAUUGAGGCCAAGAUCUGGGACCAGGAGGAGCUGGAGGGCAAGAAGGUGGCCCGGUACCCGUGCCUGUGGGUCAACGUGUCUGCCGUGGGCCGCUGGGCCGUGCUGUACCACACAGAGGACACUUGGGACCAGAACCAGCAGUGCUCCUACAUCCCUGGCAGCCUGGACAACUACCAGCUGGCCCGGGCCAACGUGGAGAGAGUCAGAGGCCGAUUCCACGAGCACCAGGUGUUCCCCUGCUUCUCGGCCCCGCAGGAGAACGAGACCAGAGUCCUGUACCGGCGCCUCUACGGGCCGCAGACCCUCCUCUUCUCCCUCUUCUGGCCCACCUUCCUGCUGACUGGCGGCCUCCUCAUUAUCGCCAUGGUGAAGCUCAACCAGUCCCUCUCCAUCCUGGCGGCUCAGAAGUAGACCCGGCCGCGCCACGACACCGCUCAGGCCCCCGGCACUGGGGACCCCAGACCGUGCCCAUCUGUGCACCCACCCCCUUCCUCUGCCUUCCUACUCCCCACCCCCCACACACAGUCCACCUGUUUCCCACUGUGUGUCUGGCCUUCGUUAAGUCACUUUCUGCUCAGGAACGUACAGUGGCUCCCUAGUGCCUAGGAGAGCGCAGGCCGGCUGGUUUUGGCCUCCAUUCCCUGCCCCGGAUCCACUGACCCCCCCAACCCUCCCCCCAGAUGACGGUGGCUCUGACCUCUGUGCCUGUGUUCUCACGGCUGGCUCCACGGCCGGCCUGUCCUGUCCAGAAAGCUGUCCUGUCCUGUCCAGAAAGCUGUCCUUGGCGAACCUGCUCUGCGUUUCACAAUGAAAACUACGGCUCCCUGAUGCAGAGCACAUUCGGAAUAUGUCUUAUUUUUAGGACACUAAGUGCCUACCCGUUAGCAUCCAAUGCUAACGAAUGCAUAAAAAAAUUAUGAGACUAUCAGGAAAUAUACUAAAAUACUGCAUUAAAGUACUACCAGUGGGAUGGUGGUUAAUUUUCA